GAUAAUCUCGAGAAAAAAAGUUGUUAAUCUCACUCUUAUACUAGUCCGCAAUCACAAAGUUAAUAAGUAAUCAAUGAGAAGAGUGGCUUACUCAUUGCUACCAACAUACGAAUAUCAGUUGUGUUAAUGUUGGCAAGCUUCGCCAGUACUUUUCUUAGUUACGUAAAGAUAAUUACCGAGAUACCCAGAUGCAGCAGUGCAACUGUAUCGUACUCAAAGCAGCGACCUUUGGCGUUACGUCGAAGUUGGUGAAUUCUGUGUAGAUAUCUGAAUUUUUAAAGCAGUUGUCGCAAGUGAGUAAUGUUGAGGCGUGAACUGUAGAAGUGUACCGACCAUUGCACAGUGCACCGCAUACUGCACCGAAUAGUGGCGCAUCUACUGAAAUUCCUGUGCCGGUUCCUAUAUUUAUCAAUUUUUUGAAGCAGUGUUGUUCAUUUUCGGUAUCUGAGGAAAUGCUGUAGGUCAAGGCAUCAGCUUCAGACUGACAUCAGAUCUGUACUUCUGACACGCACCACACGUAGACUCGCAAUUGGCGGUCUCACACUGCAAACAAUACCGGAAUGGGCGCAGUGUUGUCUUGGUUCACUAGUGACUCCAGCAAUGGAGAACCCAUCAGACCUUAUCAACCACAAACAUAUAUUGAAGCAAAGAAGAGAUAUGAACCAUCUGUACCCAGUAAUUACAAUGUGAGAGUGUUACCUUCCAGUUCACAAGAAUAUAACAGUUUUUCCUACUAUGCAAGUACUUUACCAAACCAUUCUACAUUGUCGAAUUUGCAGUAUGUUGGUAGUGGACAUAACGAAAGAUAUUCUCUAGUGAAAACUGCAGACUCUACUCUGCACAAGUCUGUCUUACAAUUAACUGUUGAAUGGGAUCCCAUGGAUGCCAACUCAGAGUUUCAGCUAUAUUUGUUGCCCUUCGGUACUUGGGAAUAUGAAGAAAUAUUUAGGUUAUUCAAGCGUACCACACAGAGACAGUUCAUGGUUCAUAAAAUUUACAGGGUUCAGAAUCCGUACUUGUUGGGUUGCUAUUUACUCAAGAAAGAAGAAAUGAAAUCAAGAUACCGUUAUGUUACUGAGAAGUAUUUAUUUCAUGGUACCAAGGAGGUAAACAAGGACAGUAUUUGCAAAGAUAACUUUGACUGGAGGAAACAUGGACGUUCGGUAGGAAACAUUUUUGGGAAAGGGGUUUCAUUUACACCUAUUUCUUGUUACGCCAGUCAUUAUUCAGACAACGGCAACACUCAAAGAAUGAUGUUUGUGUCUAAAGUUCUAAUUGCAAAGGAAAUUGUAGGUAACAAGGAUAUGGUACUACCACCUGUAUUUGAUUACGUGCGAUAUCUUAGGUACGACACUGCUACUAAACACAAUGGUCAGGUUAUCGUCAAAUUCUCAGAUUGUGAGUUUUAUCCUUCGUAUGUUGUAUAUUACACAGGACAGUAUGUAAGAAGGGAUAAAGGAAAUGGAAUUUGGCCAUUAUGAAACUAACUUACUUUUUUUUUACAAUUUUUGUAAGGGAAUGAGACAAGUAUGUAAUUUAUCAUGUAUACGAUGUUCCAUAAGAACAGUGGUUGUUUUACAGACUUUGUCGGCAUGAAGCUCUCGAAAUA